AUGAUAGAAGAGCCUUACGCACAAGGGGGUCGUCUCCAACUACAGGUAACUCUUUUAAACGACGAGAAAUCCUCGUUCAUGUGCGUUGCUCUCAUCCGCAAAGCAUUUACCCCUGUCACUAAAUGCCCAGUCUUACUCGUCGAAAUCGAGGAUGUCCUUGUCAGAGCCGGCCUCCCCAAUCCAUUAGUAGUUAAAAUAUACGACCCUCGUUUCAACUGCGAGCGCACAUCCCCACUCCCAAGACUAUCUCCCAUCCCUUGGUCAGCCGCCAAUGAAAAGGCCGCAGCUGACCGUCGUACACUCGCACCGGGCGACGAUUCAGACGAUAGAUUCUUUCCAUGGGAGAGAGAGUUCUUUGACGGCUCAUCGUGGGAAGACGCCUACUACCGCGAGUAUGAGAGGUCGUUUGCACGUGAAGUUGAAGCCUACAGAUGUCUUGGACAACUUCAGGGCUCUACCAUUCCCCGGCUCUAUGGUUUAGGUCGGGUCGUUUCAGGCCACGGCGAAGGUCGCGCCAUAUCACCUCAAGUGCUUUUCAUGGAAUACAUCCCAGGCGAGAACCUCGCAACCAUCCAAGACCCCCAUUCAGUCCCUAGUUCAGCAUACGAGGAGCUCGUAAAGGCCGUGAGCAGCCUCGCGUCUUUCGGUAUCAUCCAUGCCGAUAUGCGCCCUGAAAAUAUUGUCGUAUCUUGCAGUCACCCUAGACGAGCGGUGCUCAUCGACUUUGGGGUGUGUCAAUUUCGUUAUACUGAUGAGUCUGACGACAACUGGGAAGAGAAUGUCAGGAUCGAAGGGGAAGAGAGGGAACUCCGGCGCUAUUUGAAGAGUUCGGGCAUUUGGCACCAGGAAUAGUGCGCGUAAUGCUCGGGGAAAGUAGGUUGGCUUAAUAUUCCAGAUACUAAGACAUGAUCU